AUGCUAGCGUCAUCCCUGCCUUCCAGAGGUAAGCCGACCGAUUCAACCGGCUCGUGUGUAGUUCCGUCCUUGGUAGAGAAGGAUAAUGAUGCCAAGGAUCAGGAGCAAUAUGUUAAUACUGGUGAUGCUGAUGCUGAUGAUAGUGAUGGUUAUAAUGAUGAGAAUGAUGGUGAUGAAGAUGAUGAUGAUGAUGAUGAUGAUGAUGAUGAU